UUUGAACACUCUCAGUGAUGUCAGCAUAUUUGAGCACUUAGCAGGUCCAUUAGUAGUAUUUUGUGUCCCAUUAGUCCGUGAAUGUGUCACACCUGCAGAGAGGGGAUUAUAAUCCUGACAACAGCCCUCUACAACACCUAUAAAUUCCCCCUCUGGCUAAUGCACAACAUGCAAACAAGGCAAAUACAGAGGUGAGUCAGUCCUCGGUGAAGUUUGCUCAAUGUUCAUUAAAUUGGAAUUACUCUCCUUAUUAAUUACUGUCUAAAAUGUUGUUUACUAAUGUUUGAUGAUGCUUUAUAACCCCUGGUCUACGAGCCGUGGAGCUGUGAAAGAGGAGGCAGUGACAUUAUUGUUUUCAUUACAAACUUGGCUUCCUCCGCAGCUCUAAUGGAAGCGAGCAGCAGAGUGAUGGUGCAGGUGUUGUUGUUGGCGUUGGUGGUUCAGGUCACCCUGUCCCAGCACUGGUCCUAUGGAUGGUUACCAGGUGGGAAGAGGAGUGUGGGAGAGCUGGAGGCCACCAUCAGGAUGAUGGGUACAGGAGGUGUGGUGUCUCUUCCUGAAGAGACGAUUGCCCAAACCCAAGAGAGGCUCAGGCCAUACAAUGUAAUUAAUGAUGAUUCCACUCAUUUCAACCGAAAGAAAAGGUUCCCAUCUGAAUAAAGAGCGAAAGUGGGAAAAAAUUUAUAACAGACUGUAAAAUGACAUGGAGCAUGGAGUGAAGAAUGCUGAUUUCUCAUAUUAAAUACAUCAUUACAUUUAUUACA